ACGGGUAGGAAGGGAAGAUAUCCGCACUAACCGGUGUGUUGGCAGAUUUCCUUCGCCGGUGGCUGUGUCUGAGAACGGAGUGGAGUGGAGUGGAGUGGAGCUUUGGCUGUACCGACGUGGUGUGAACGAUGGAAUUGAUUUAACCCACUUAUCUGCUGCAGAGUUUGCUCCGGAACACUCCAUCAGUGCGGGAAGUCAAGCUGUACGUAUUUGAACGACAUAUUUGCGUCUUACACCACCAACACUUAAUAACCUGAUGACCACCCGGAUCUCCAUGCGGUCCCUGCCCUCCUUGGGCUCCAUUGGCAAUGCAAGCUCUGACCCCCGUUUCCAUUUCAAAUGGAGGGCUAUCACAGUGGUAACUAUACUGGCCUUGGGCCUGCUGCUCUAUCUGCACCAGACAGCAGGAGGCACUACAGAGGAAACGCCACUCUCUUCAUCAAAGCAUCAUAGUGAGGGUGCACGCUGGCUUGUUAAGAGUGCGACGACAAAAACGGCGGCCCGUUACAACCACACCUACCCUCUGAGCCCGCCAGAGCGCACACCAAAUGGUGUCCGUUACCGCAUAGCUGUGAUCGCGGACUUGGACACAAACUCGCGCAGCACAAAGGACAAUACCUGGUUCAGCUACAUGCAGCGAGGCUACCUGCUAGUGUCAGACAACGGAGAACACUUGGAGAUCGAGUGGGACCCAGUCAAGGUGGUGCUGGAGAGCCAUUUAUCAGAAAAAGGGCGUGGGAUGGAGCUUUCAGACCUAGUGGCAUUUAACGGGCAUCUGUACAGUGUAGAUGAUCGGACAGGCGUGGUUUACCGCAUUGAAGACAACCGGGCUGUACCAUGGGUCAUCCUGCCUGAUGGAGAUGGCAGCGUUUCCAAAGGUUUUAAGGCAGAGUGGCUGGCAGUGAAGGAUGAGCACCUGUAUGUCGGUGGGCUGGGAAAAGAGUGGACAACCACCAUGGGUGAAUUCGUCAACAACGACCCCCAGUGGGUCAAAGUCAUCGGCUUGCAGGGUGACGUGCACCAUGAGAACUGGGUACCCCAUUACGUCGCACUGAGGGGUGCAGCAGGCAUCAAGCCACCUGGUUAUUUGAUCCACGAGUCAGCAGUGUGGAGUGAGCGUCGUCAGCGUUGGUACUUCCUCCCUCGCCGCGCCAGCCCCGAACGCUACGAGGAAACAGCUGACGAGCGCCGUGCCACAAACCUGCUUCUGACCUGCACCGCUGAUUUCGGCCACAUUUCAACGUCCAGAGUCGGGCGGCUGCUUCCCACUCACGGCUUCUCAGCCUUCAGGUUCGUUCCCAAAACCAAUGACCAUGUAAUCCUGGCACUGAAGUCUGAGGAGGACGCAGGCAAAAUCGCUAGCUACAUCACAGCAUUCACACUGGACGGACGAGUCCUGAUGCCUGAGACAAAGAUUGGAGAUGUGAAAUAUGAAGGCCUGGAGUUCAUCUAGUUGAGCAGAGAAGAUUAAUUUCUCAUGUAGGAAGUCACUGGGUAUGUGACCAUGUGGGAAUCAGUCCGUCAGAUGUAGAUAUAAAAUGUCAUGAAGAGAUCCGUUUAUUUUAUAUAUUUCUAUAUGAAUACUGUACCCUGUAUGUUCUCAUGGAGAGCCGCCAGCAGAAGCACCCAAUACCUGUGCUGUCAUGGCAACGGAGAUCAAUGAAGUUGACGGGAAAAAAAGACAUAGCUACACAACAAGCUCACAGAGCUUACACAAACUGUGUAGUCUUUAAACUUUCCUCAGCAACAGUGCUGCUAAAGACUCAGGAUUGGUUUUUUGAGCCAAAACGCACAACAUGGAUUAACUCUAACCAAAUGGAAAUGACACAAAAGGCAAAUAUGUCUUUUAUUAUGUGAACUUGAAGGAUGAAGAGGAAUCAUUUUCUUUUCAGUGUCCUUUUAUUUAUAACAUUUUAAUAGAUCAUGCAAAUAUAUGUAAAUUGCAUUAAAGUCACCCAAAACAUAUUUUGAGCCCCAGGUUUGUGGUGGUUUUAUAAUAACUGCUAUCAUUCAAAACAAAACAGAAAAACACUUUUACCCUCAUUGGACAUUAUCCUGCACAUAUCUCAUUAUAUGCAAAUUGUUACUACAUCCAGUAGUAGAGAGAAUUAUAAUGUACAGUAAUAAUAAUAAUGAACAAUUUUAUCAAUAAUAAUUAGUAAUAAUCAACUAGUCAGAAUGCUCAGAAUAUAGUUUAAUAAUACAAUAUUUUACAAGGUUUAGGGUGACUUUAACAACACCGUCUGAAUGAGUGUUUUGUCUUUCUGAUUUAUUCUCAUGUUUUUAAAUCCUGCUGAAAUGCAUAUAUGCUCACUGAAUGUUUCUCUUCUGAGUUGUGGCUGUGAUCAUUAAUAUUUAAUAGCCUUUAUCUUAAACAGGAAAUUAAAAUUAAGAUGCCUAAACA